AUGAAAUUCUUGCAUUGCUAAGUAGGGAAAGCAUUUUGCUUCUGUCCCUCAACUUUAAUCAAACACAACUGUGUUUUCCUCCUCUUUAAAACCAAGCCAAACUUCAUAUUGUAUCCAUUAUAUACAAAAUACUUAUAUAUUUUCCCUUCUUGAUCAUGGCUGACUCUAACUUUGUUGACAGGGAGAAGCAAAAGCAAGCAGACAAUGAUAUCAAGGACAUGAUCUCUACUCUAACGAAACGACUAACCAGCCUCCAACGCGUGCACAAAGCAGCAUCAGGAGACUCAGGCCAGAAUCUUCAGGCCGAUGAUGAAGAUGAUCAUGGCACAAGAAUCAUCACUCUAGCCGGAACCAAUGUUGGAGCCAGCAUGCGCGGUGAGAUGGAUGAGAAACCUGGCCUCGAGGGCGUUUCACCAGGGGAAAAUGAGGCCUUAAAAACAUAUGUGAAUAGCAAUUUCCAGUCCAUCAACAAUUCAAUCAUGUUGGGUGGUAGCUAUUGUACUAAUGACCCUGGUGUUCAUUUGGACAUCUCUGAUUAUGUGGAUCAAGAAACCCCAGCACCAAAAGGACAUGGAAAAAAGAAGGAAAGGGGAAGUUCCAAACAUUACCACCAUUCUCAACACUCAGAAUAGGCUCAAUGGUCAGAAACUGCUAAAAAAAUUCAGACCUUUACUCUAUAUGAAUAAAGUACCAAAGCUUAGUUGAGUCCUGCUCCUUUAGUUCUUUGUGUUUCCUUCUCUUCUCAACUUGUCUUUGUCUCUUUAGGAUUUCGGACAAGAACAGUGUGGGUGGGAUGUAUACUGUGUUUACCAUUCGGCUUAAAACCUAUAGUAAGUGAUGCUUGUUAUGAGGUUCAAUACGCUUGUGAUAUAUCAGAAAAGCAAAUGUUGCAAUUGUAUUACUUUAAUAAUCAUAAAAUCUUUUCAGAUC